CUGCAGAAGGCCUGAUAGAGCCAGAUAGACGGAGAAAGAGAGAAGGAAGGGAGGGAGGGAUACAGACAGAGACAGACGCACACCGUGGAUGUAGAGCCUGUGAAUUCAUUUCAUCACCCGGGUUCAACCAGCGUCAACAAAGGAGGAAGGACACAGAGGGAAGAGGAAGACAACACGGAGCUUCAGGGAAAGUGAAAGAGAGGCAAGGUGAAAGAGGAGAAGGAAGGAAAGGGAGGAAGGAAGGAGGCUGGGGCAUGAGGAGGGGCGCCUGAUUGACAUUGCUGCUCUCGCUAUCAGCUCACACACACACACACACACACACACACACACACACACACACACACACACACACACACACACACACACACACACACACACACACACACACACACGUACACAGUUGUAGGCAAACACACGCACCCUGCCGGAUUGUGCACCGGACAGUUGCUGCUCUUUUCUUAUCCUUUCGCAGAGCCUUGUCCUCCAUCCUUUCUUCUCCUUUCAGCGAGAGGACAAGAGAGACAGAGAGGAGGAGGAGGGGAGGCAGUAACCCUCUCCUCUCUUUUACUCAGACACACAGCAGAGAGAGAUAGGGAGAGAAUAGUAAAAAAAGGAGAAGGCAGCUUUCUGUUCUAUUUCGCCGUCUCCUGUGGUCCCUCGGCCAGCGAGCGGCUAACAGGCACCGCUCAUGUCCGUGAACUCGGAGAAAUCCUCGUCCCCCGAAAGGCCUGAGACGCAGCAGAAAGCCCCGGUGACUGCCCCCCCUCCCCCACCUCCCCCUCCGCCUCCCCCCGAGCCGGCAGGGCCCCCGGAGCCGGAGGAGGAGAUCCUGGGCUCCGAUGAUGAGGAGCAGGAGGACCCCGCAGACUACUGCAAAGGAGGGUACCAUCCGGUGAAGAUCGGGGAUUUGUUCAACGGGAGGUACCAUGUGAUCAGGAAAUUGGGGUGGGGCCACUUCUCCACCGUAUGGCUAUGCUGGGAUAUACAAGUGAAGAACUUUGUGGCGAUGAAGGUGGUGAAGAGCGCGCAGCAUUACACAGAGACGGCCCUGGAUGAGAUCAAGCUGCUGCGAUGUGUGAGGGAGAGCGACCCCGCAGACCCCAACAAGGACAUGGUGGUGCAGCUGAUAGAUGACUUCAAGAUCUCUGGAGUCAACGGCAUACAUGUGUGCAUGGUGUUUGAGGUGCUAGGUCACCACCUGCUGAAGUGGAUUAUUAAAUCCAACUACCAAGGUCUGCCGCUGCCGUGUGUCAAGAGCAUUAUCAAACAGGUCCUGCAGGGUCUGGACUACCUCCACACCAAAUGUAAAAUCAUCCACACGGACAUCAAGCCAGAGAACAUCCUGAUGUGUGUAGACGAUGCUUUUGUUAGGCGUAUGGCCAUGGAGGCCACCGAAUGGCAGAAAGCUGGAGCCCCCCCACCCUCUGGAUCAGCAGUUAGCACAGCCCCGCAGAUCAAACCGGUGAAUACAACAGAUGUGGGAAAGAUCUCCAAGAACAAGAAGAAGAAGCUGAAGAAGAAGCAGAAGCGGCAGGCGGAGCUGCUGGAGAGGCGGAUGCUGGAGAUCGAAGCGCUGGAGAGAGAGGCCGAGAAGAAGGAGGAGAGAUCCAAAGACGGGGGAGAGAAAGGGGAACACGAACACACCCCUCGUCCCUCUCAACCGCAGCUGGGCCCCAGCAUGGCUCUGGGAGAGAGCGACGAUGACGAUGAUGAUGAGGAGGACGGGGAGGAUGAGGAGGAGGAGGAGGAGGUGGGAGAGAGGGAGAGGGAGAGAGAGAGGGAGAAGGACAGGCCAAUGAGAUUGACCAAUCAUACAUGUGCGGCGUCUCCCCAGGAGCAGAACGAGGAGCUCCACAUCAACGAAGAUGAUGCGGAUGAGGAGGUGGAUGAGGAAGAUGAGGAAGACGAGGAUGAAGAGGAGGAGGAGGAGGAGGAGGAGGAGUCCACGCCUGUCGCUGAAAAAGAUGAUGCCGCUCUCCCCAACACGAAUGAGGGUAAUGGAAAUUCCACCAAAGCAGAGGUAGAGGAGGAUGGGGAGGAGGAGGAGGAAGAGGAGGAUGCGGGGGAGGAGGAAGGGUUAAAAGGAGCCGAUAAUGAGGAAGAGGAGGUGGAGGGCAAGGUAGAGGAUGAAGAGGAGGAAGAGGAGGACGAGGAGGAGGACGAGGACGAGGAGAAAAAGACUGAAAAGGGGGAAAACAAAACAGAGGAGCCAAAGAGUGAGAGCAAAACAGAGGAUGAGGAGGCAGCUGUAGAGGAAGAGGAGUCAAAGGAGAAGGAGAGGGAGGAUGAGGAGGAGGACGAAGAUGAGGACGAAGAUGACGAGGACGACGACGACACGACCACGGAACUCCUCACAGAAUCCACCUUGCCCAUGAAACCCCAGAACAACAAGAGCAAUGUGGCCAAAACCAACGGGCACGUUUCGUUGGGAUCCGAGGGACGGAAACCGAACCCUGACAAUCCUCCGCCCCGCCCCUCCUCCACCGCCGAGACCCUCCUCUGCCCCCUGGUGGAGUCGGAGCUCAGUUACACAGACCGGGACCACUCUCUCAGCUCCGGGUACGAGCUGUACAACGGAGACCUGGGCGAGCCGGGGCUAACCAACGGGGGCAGCAUCCGCCUUCCGCCCAUCAUCCCUCUCUUCCCCGAACUGCCCCUGGAUCCUCUGCCGGGAAACCCCAUCUCUGUGGGAAUGGUGGACAUCGGAGCGGGCCCGUCCCCCAACAGCCCCACGGCUGACCGCAGUCGCACUGUGUCCUCCUCCAGCACGGGAGACACUCCCAAGGUUAAAGCCCGAGCUGCAGAUCUGCUGAUCAACCCUCUGGACCCGCGCAACUCUGAGACUAUUCGAGUCAAAAUUGCUGAUCUUGGAAACGCCUGCUGGGUGCACAAGCACUUCACAGAGGACAUCCAGACGAGACAGUACCGCUCCAUCGAGGUCCUGAUAGGAGCGGGUUACAGCACUCCUGCAGACAUCUGGAGCACUGCCUGCAUGACUUUUGAGCUGGCCACUGGAGAUUACUUAUUUGAGCCGCACUCUGGAGAGGACUACUCCCGUGAUGAGGACCACAUCGCUCUGAUCAUGGAGCUCCUUGGGAAGGUACCACGCAAAGUGUUCGCUGCCGGGAAGUUCAGCCGAGAGUUUUUCUCCAAGAAAGGCGAGCUGCGGCACAUCACCAAGCUGAAGCCCUGGUCCCUGUUUGACGUGCUGGUGGAGAAGUACGGCUGGGCGCACGAAGACGCCGGCCUCUUCACCCAGUUCCUGCUGCCCAUGCUGGAGAUGGUUCCUGAGAAGAGGGCCUCGGCCGGCGAAUGCCUCAACCACCCCUGGCUCAACUCGUAGCCACAAUGUCUGAUCAGAUGCCCUCCUCCCUUCGUCCCCCCACUGUUAGCCCAAACACCCCCCCCCCCCUGGUGGCAGCCGGUGGAACAACAGCAUGGAGAGAAGCUAAAGACAGUCGGAGUAGAUGAUUAUUCCUUCCUGCCCUAUCCCACACAUCCAUUUCAUGCUUAUCUGAGUAGGCUUAAAUACCACACAAGCCCCUCAAAGGAAUUCAAAGACAAGCAUAUGGAGAUAAUUUGGCAUAGUAGCUGUGUCUUCCAAAACCUCUCCCAAAAAGAUCAUUUAAAGAUAGAUGCUACUCACGUAAAAGGGAGAAGUCUGGGAAGAGAUGUGCUUUGUUCUGCCGUGAAGAGCCAGUCCCUUCCAUCUAAUCUCCUACGAAUUCUCAGUUUUACCUUGUUUGGAUCCAGUCAUGGAUCACUGAGAGCUGCUGAUCUUUUCGAUGACAUGAAACAAAAGUCAACGUGAAGCUUCAUCUGCCAUGACCUUAACGUAGCUUGGGCCUCAAAGACAAUUUUGUUUAUGAGAAGAUAAUGAGCGCUGAGCUUAAGACCUAUACAUAGACCCUUCUUCUCUCUUUCCAGCCCUGUUGGCCUUCCUUGCGCUCCCUCGCCCUGCUAUGGAAGGACGCACACCCACAUCGUACUUAAAGUUUACACCCUGAUUUCUUCCACAAAUCCAAUCCCAAGAAGCCCCUCCUAACUGUUUGGUGUCCCUUCUAUCCCCCUUGUAAAUGAGCUAUAUGCUCCUGCUGGGGGCCGCCUCAGAUAACUGGAGGGCAGCCAGUCCUCCAGGGGGCUGACAAAGACUGACAGAAAAAGUGCGGGACGAGCAUUAAACAAAAUACAAUCAAUUCAACACGGAGGAGGACUACUUGGUCUUAAAAGACUAUUUUUAAAAUGCAUGGAGAGACUGAUGGAUCAGCAUGAACGGAUAUGACAAAUGGACGAUGGAUGCGAUAUUUUAUUUGUGCAUUACGCUGCUUUCUUUCCUGUUUCAUCACCUCUCUUGGACAUUAUGUUAGAAAAACUUAUGUUAGGAUAUUUUGGUGUCCCCUCUGAGUGAGGAAACUAUGUUACAACCUGUUCCCCUUCAGCUUUUGACAUCCCUAAUUCUUGGUCCUCAGCCAUCAUUCCUGAAUUUUAUUCCCAAGAACAAUUCUGUUGAUUCUGUCGUGGCACGUUUACCUAAUCUAUCUGAUUGGUACUAUUCCCCUUUUUUCCCUAUAGAGGAACCCUUUGAUCCCUUAACUAUUCCAGAAAGGGGAUGGUCACAUGGAGGUUGCACUUGUCUUUGUAGAUGUCCUUCAGGGAUUUGAAACCUUUGUACAUAGAACUGAGAUCUUGCAACGCAGACAAGCGACCGUGGACAAAGUUUCAACACACAAGCAUCAUUCCAAAAACAGAGGCUGUCGUUGGCAUAUUUUAACUUCCUCUGACACAGUGGGCCAUCGCUCCGGCCCUGGAGGGAUGUUCAUACUGAACUGUGCCACCUGGUGGCUGGAUGAGAGUACUGCAUUGCCACACACUGCUGCUACUCUCAGUGCCAACGCUCCGAGACGUUCCACUUUAUCUCUCCACUUAAUCUCUAUUUCUCUGUUACACACACACACACACACACACACGAGAACAUCGUCACAAUUAGUCCAGUUGCCUAUUUUUCGCAAUAAAUGAAAAAAGAUGAGUAUAAGUAAAUGGUGAGAUAUUUUUAAAAACUAUUUAAUUCAUUAAAAGAGGGAAAAAAAUAAAACAACUUUUCUCUGGUUGUUGUGACCGUGACAUAAUCUCGUCUUAUACUGAGGUGAUUGUGUUUGUCUUUUCGAGAUAUUUUGAUUUUCUUUUGUCAUUGUUAUUAUUCAUUAUUAUUAUUGAAAGUUUUUUUUUUUUACACAGUUGUCACCUCUCCCCUCCCUCCUUACUUGAACAGUGCUGCUCUAUCUGGGCUCUUGAUGGUGAUAAAAGAAAAAGUCAACAGUUUUGCAAUAAAGGGUAUGUGAUGAGUUUUUUUGCACCAAAAACCUCCUGAUUUCACUCUUUCAGCCAUGCUGACUGUUCUUCCUGAUGACAUUGACAGAAACGCGUCUCUUGUCUGUGUUUUUCAUUGACAGAUUUAAUAAAAUUGUAAAUUAAUG